CAGGCCACCCUUUUCCCAGUCUAUAUAUGUAUAGGACUCUGCAUACUACUACCUCCCUGGUUCAAGAUAAUACUUUCCCACCAGAUUAAGUCCUCUUUAACCUGAGCUUCAAUUUAAGUUUUAAGAAAUUUAUAUUAUAAUGGAUGAGGUGCAGCAAUUAAAGACAUGGGAAGGAUAUGUAGAUUGGAGGAAAAAACCUGCCUUGCAAGGGCGUCAUGGCGGCAUGCUUGCUGCCUCCUUUGUCUUGGUUGUGGAGGUACUGGAGAAUCUAGCAUUCCUGGCAAAUGCAAGCAACCUUGUACUUUACCUCACAAAAUUCAUGCAUUUUUCUCCAUCAAGCUCUGCAAACACGGUGACUAAUUUCAUGGGAACAGCCUUCCUCCUUGCUCUCCUUGGUGGCUUUCUGGCAGAUGCUUUCUUCACCACCUACAACAUCUAUUUGAUCAGUGCUGUGUUAGAAUUCAUGGGUCUGUUAUUACUAACAGUCCAAGCUCAAAUGCCUUCACUGAGACCACCAACCUGUGCUUUAGCGGACAUCAACAUUUCAUGCCAGGAAGUUGGAGGCUGGAAAGCAGUGAUGCUGUUUUCAGGCCUCUAUCUUGUGGCCCUGGGUGUGGGGGGUAUAAAAGGCUCACUUGCUCCUCAUGGAGCUGAGCAAUUUGAUGAAACCGCCGAACAAGGAAGGAAGCAGAGAUCAGAAUUCUUCAAUUACUUUGUGUUCUGUCUCUCUUGUGGAGCUCUAAUUGCAGUCACUUUUGUGGUCUGGGUUGAAGACAACAAAGGCUGGCAGUGGGGGUUCGGGAUCUCCACUGCAACAAUAUUGCUCUCCAUUCCGGCUUUCCUCCUGGGUUCUCCUUUCUACAGGACUAAAAUUCCCAUAGGAAGCCCCAUCACCACUAUAUUCAAGGUGCUGACUGCAGCCAUUUAUAACACCUACAAAUGUAAGAAUUCUGACAAGGCCAUCAUAGGACUUCACUCUAGUCCUUCCUGUAUGACUGAUUCUGAAAGCAUGGAGGAUGAAUACAGUCAUACUUCAAAGGAGCCAAGUCAAAUUCCACGAGGGGCUCUCAAUUUUCUUAAUAGAGCAUUAAUCGACAACUCUGGCCACUGUGUUUUUCACUGCACGGAAAAGGAGGUAGACGAGGUCAGAAUAGUCCUAAAGAUUUUCCCCAUCUUCAUGUCCACCAUAAUGUUAAACUGUUGUCUUGCUCAGCUAUCCACUUUUUCGGUUCAACAAGCCGCCACCAUGAAUACCAAGCUAGGCUCCCUGAAAGUCCCACCAGCAUCCCUCCCAGUCUUCCCUGUCAUCUUCAUCAUGACUCUUGCACCACUUUAUAAUCAUGUCAUCAUUCCAGUUGCCAGAAAAACAACAAAAACUGAAAUGGGAAUCACUCAUCUACAACGAAUUGGGACAGGACUAGUACUCUCUAUUGUAGCCAUGGCUGCUGCAGCUCUGGUGGAAAUAAAGCGAAAGAGAGUGGCAGUUGAUUCAGGUCUACUCAAUUCAUCUGAACCUCUCCCCAUCACAUUCCUCUGGGUAGCCUUACAAUACUUGUUUCUUGGAUCAGCUGAUCUUUUCACAUUAGCUGGCAUGAUGGAAUUUUUCUUCACAGAGGCCCCCAUAAGUAUGAGAUCUUUGGCCACAUCUCUCUCCUGGGCCUCACUGGCCAUGGGAUACUACUUCAGUUCAGUGCUUGUAUCAAUUAUCAACAAUAUUACCAGUGCUUAUCGACACAAGCCAUGGCUCUUUGGCAGCAACUUGAAUCACUAUCACCUUGAGAGGCUUUACUGGUUGAUGUGCAUCCUAAGUGGCUUAAACUUCUUGCAUUAUCUUUUCUGGGCAAAACGCUACAAGUACAGAUCAACAGGGCCAUGAUAAGUGAUUCAACAUGGUUGAAUUACAAAGAGAUUGCAAAAUUUCUACUAGCUCAAGUCUCUAGCGAUUGAUUAUCUUCGUAUGAAUCUAUCAGAUACUGCAUUAAGUAUUCAUAUAGCAGUAUCAUUCUAUCCUAUCCUAUUCCAGAAUACUAAACAUGAAAAUUAAAACUAUCUUAUCAUCUAA